GAGUGUUGGGGGGAUGCACUGCGAGGGAGGAGGAGGGCCACUGCUGCUGCUGCAAUUGAAGGCUAGAGGCCCCCAUUUUGGAAACCAUUUAGGCUUUGGGCCGAGAGGGGCUUCCUGUGCUUGUGAGGGGCUGCAUCUCCUCAGGGCAGAGGCAUAAGUGGCUGCUUCCCCUUUGGACACCCCUCUGGAGGGCUUCCCCCUUCCCUAAUUCACAAUGAAGAGUGCCCGUGGCAGCAGCUCUUCCUUCCAAGGUGCAAGUGCCAAUGGUGUGGAUCUCAGCCUAACAGGAUUACCCAUGCAAGUCCUUCAACGUCCCAGCAGUGCCACUCCAGGCAAGCACAUUGCUCGCUCCAUUUCUGUCAUUACAGAGAACAAGCCCAAACGGAAUAUCCUAGAAGAUGCAGGAUCUGGCUCCUCCAGAGCUAUGAACAAUUUGCGAAGAUCCAACAGCACAACUCAGGUUAACCAGCAGGUGAAUGGUACUUUCGGUGCUGAACACCAUGGAGACUUCUUGACUUUGUUCGACAGCAGCUCAGGUGGAAGAAAGAAACUGGCAAGUUUGAGCAAAGUCUCGCCAGAAAAGAAAACCACAUGGAACAUCCUAGAUGAGCAGCCCAGAACUUUUCCUGCCCCAUCUGGGCCUAGGGAGGCCCCUGUAGGCAUGAGGAAGAAAGAAAUCUAUGUGCCACUUGCAGCCAAUUUCACUGCUAAUAACAGGAGUAACAAAGGUGCCAUGGGCAACUGUGUCACCACCAUGGUGCAUAACAACUAUUCCACUGCAGACAAGGGUCCUGCACCUAAGAGUUCCAACCAGGCCACAACCUCCCUCAAUAACAUUAUCAAAGCCACUUCUAAUGAAGAUACAGAGAGCAGCAGCUAUUUGAAGUCUCAGAAAAACCUUUCCAGCAGCAACAUCCUGGCCCGGAACAAUAAUACCAGUAAUAGCAGUAAGCUGCUGAAGAGACAGGAAGUGUCAGAGGAGGAGGCUGAGCGGUUCAUUAACCAGGUUAACCUGGCUGCUGUGACAAUCCAGCGCUGGUACAGACGGCAUUCACAGAGGCACAAGGAAGGUGUAGUUCAACUUGGCCACUUAAUAGCUUCUAAAAGAGAGGAAAGGCAGCAGCAACUCACAGAAGAAAGCAACAUCUUUGACUUACAAAGGAGGCGAGAUGAGGAGAGGAGGAAGAUUCGAGAGGAGAAGGCACGUCUUGCUAGGAAAGCAGCCAUCCAGGAGCUGCAACAAAAACGGGCCCAAAAGGCCUUGGAUUCUCAAUGCUUGGUUCAGGAGGAGCUGGCAGUGAUGACAAAAUGCAAGAAAACGGGAAGAAGAAAACCUGAGAGUGGAGGCUCUGUGAAGAAUAUCAGCCCUGCUAACAGCAUAGUUAAAGCAAACAAUGCAGAAGCCAACUUCCACUUGGCAGCUGCAGAUACAGAAGAAAAUUCUGUCAUGGCAUGUCUAUCUAUUCCAGGACAAAACAAACUACCUGAAGAGCAGCCACAGGAUGUCUGCUCUGGAAAGGUGGCCAGUGAAGACCUGGAAACUAUGAUCACUACAGCCAGCAGGGCCCAAUCCAAAGUGACCCUUAAUGAGCUACUAGACACCUUGAAGCUGUUGGAAGAAGAGCCAGAGUUUCUACCACCACCAAAGGCCUGCAAGGAGGAUAAAUAUGCCUGGAUCGAUGGGGUAACUGGAAUUGGAGGGGAGGCAAACUCAAAUUCCCUGACUGCUGACAACUUGGAGAAAUUUGGUAAACUGAAUUGCUCUCUGGGAGUCCCUGAGGAAGGCACAUUACUCUCAGAAGCAAAACUUCAGAGCAUCAUUAGCUUUUUGGAUGAGAUGGAAAAAUCAGAGCAAGAGCGACCUAGGUCAGCUGCCUCUGCUUCACACCGAGAGGGGCUCUUGUCAGAAGAAGAGCUAGCUCACCUGGAGCAGGCCUCAGCGGUUGCCACAGAAGUUACCAGUUCCAUCAUGAGGCUAAAGCUGGAAGUAGAAGAGAAGAAGAGAGCCAUUACAUUACUACAGACAGCCCUGGCUCAGCAGCGGGAGCUGACUGUGCGGCAUGUCAAAGAGACAGAGAAGGAAUUGAGCCGCCAGCUGGCUUUGCAGAGGGAGCAGUAUGAGGCAGCUAUCCAACGGCACCUGGCUUUCAUUGACCAGCUCAUUGAUGAUAAGAAAACUCUGAGUGAGAAAUGUGAAGCAGUGGUGGCUGAACUGAAGCAAGUGGAUCAGAAAUACACAAAGAAAAUUGCUCAAAUGCAAGAGCAGCAUGAGUUGGUCUGGCGCACUUUGGGUCCCCUCUGUGAGGAAAUAAAGAAGCUAAAAGAGCUAAUGAGUGCCACAGAAAAAAUCCGCCGGGAGAAAUGGAUUGAUGAGAAAACCAAGAAGAUCAAAGAGAUCACUGUUAAAGGUCUAGAACCUGAGAUCCAGAAGCUAAUUGCUAAGCAUAAGCUAGAGAUCAAAAAACUGAAAGCACUGCAUGAAGCAGAGUUGCUGCAGUCAGAUGAACGAGCAGCCCAGCGCUAUGUACGUCAAGCUGAGGAGCUAAGGGAGAUGCUGGAACAUGAAAAGGAAGAACAGGGGCAGCGAGAGCGAGAAUUGGCAAGGCAACGCAAAGGAAAUCACUGGCCUUGCUGCUCGCUCUUAAACAGUGAGCCAAGCCAAGGUUACAACUCCCAUGGUAGGACCAUGUCUGAAAGAGUCCCUCUACACAGGUAUGAGAAGCAGCUGGAGCAGGAGGAGCAAGCUCUACAGCAACAGCGUCGUCGGCUGUACAGUGAAGUGGCUGAAGAGAAGGAGAGGCUCAGUCAGCAGGCAGCCAGGCAGAGAGCUGAGCUGGAGGAUCUGAGGCGGCAGCUGGAAGAGAACAGCUCUGUUGUCACCAAAGCUUUGAAAGAGGAAUAUGAGAAAGGAAAGGAAGAGCAGGAGCGACGCCAUCAGGCAGAGGUGCAGUCCCUAAAGGUACAGCUGGAAAUAGAGAAGCAAGCUUGGGAGGCCAACUAUUUGAAAAAGGAGGAAGCCUGGUUACUUGCUCGGGAGAGAGAGCUGAGAGAAGAAGUUCGGAAAGAAAGGGACAAGGAGAUUGAAUUGGUAAUCCAGCGGCUAGAGGCUGACAUGUCUUCUUCCAAGGAAGAGUGUGAAAGAGUCACAGAGAACAGAAUAAAGAGAGUGCGGGACAAAUAUGAAGCAGAACUGCAGGAACUAGAACGGUCAGAACGCAGGCUUCAAGAGCGCUGCAAUGAACUGAAAGGGCGGCUGUCAGAGACAGAAGGGGAGACUCUUGGUCUACAGAGCCUGCUGCGGCAGAAGGAACAGGAGACAGAGGAUAUCCGAAAGGUGAGGGACCAGUUAGCUCAGGAACGCAGCAGCCUUUCUGAGGUUAUCCGGCAGGAGUUUGCUGACCGGCUGGUUAGCACAGAAGAGGAAAACAAACGGCUCAAGUCAGAGAUGGCUGAACUUCGUGCCCGUCAACGUUUAGAACUAGACAGAGUGACACGAGACAAAGAAGAAGAGCUGGAAGAAGUUCAUAAAAGAGUGAAAACAGCAAUUGUGAAGAAAGAGGAGGCCGUAAACACCCUUCGGAAACAGUAUGAGGCAGCUGUGAAGAGGGCAGAUCAUUUAGAGGCCCUAUUGGACCAACAGCGUAAGCAGCUGCUAGCAGCCAAAUAGCAGCUGCACCAACACCAGUAGCCUUGUAAGGGAAGAUCAUCAUGAUCACACACAGCAAAAGAAAAGUGACUUCCUGUGAGCCGCAAGAGACUAAUAUAAAAUGAAUGCUAAUUUGUAUGUGACUGGGAGGGAUUCAUGUCCUGUUUCUCUGUCACUCUUUUUCUCAUUAAUACUUAUUAUUUCUUAAUUUGUUAUGUUACUUUGUGCCUAAAAUCUGACCUCUUGUACAAGAAGCCUGGGCUGUAUCCCAGUUUUUGCUGAUGUAUUUUAACAAUAAAAUCCAGCUGAUUUUGUAAGA